AUGAAAUUUAUUUUUUUUCUCUAUAUCAGGUUUGGACGAAGCGAUGUCGACGAUAAGCGAAGCUAUGGCAGGAAUUUCCUCAGAUUCGGCCGAGGAGGAGGCGACCACGAAGACGAAGAAAUUGAAUCCUUAUCGGCUGCCAAGAGGAACCGCAACUUUUUGCGUUUCGGACGCAGCCGCAACUUCUUGCGUUUCGGACGCAACCGCAACUUUUUGCGUUUCGGACGCAACCGCAACUUCUUGAGGUUUGGUCGAUCUGGUCCUGAAGACAUCGUUGGUCUCGAAGGCACUCCCAGCGAGGUCAUCCAUUUUCCCGCUCUAGAGGAACCAGCAGCGGAGGACGACGUCUUCCAAAGGGCUGCUCGUGGAAACAGAAACUUUUUAAGAUUCGGUCGUCAAUACAACAAGAAUUUCCUGCGAUUUGGAAGAUCUGCUGACUCUUCGAUCAGCUGUGAUGACUGUUGAGAAAGAUACGAUUCCAAGAAUCCUAUAGAUACGUAUAUAUCCCCUGCCUCUCGUCAUCUACUAGUGCCUGAUGGCGUAUUCAACAAAU